CUCUCAAAUUAAUCCCCUCAAACUAUUGCAUAGAUUAAACCCUCUUUUUGCUUCACACGAACAAGCCCUUUUGUGUUUUGGGGUUAUUGUUCUUGAAUUUCUUGGCCUUGAUCUCAUCUCAGUUUAAGCUGCAUAUCCUUAAUUCUUGCGAGGUGGGUUUGAAAAUUCUUUGAUCUCAGCAAAGCAGAUAAUGUCAGAGACGAAGCAUACUUCAGAGCAUACCAUUUGAGAGCUUCACAUAUAUUGACUUGAGAGCAUAAUUUGAUUCAAUGGGCAUCGAAUUUACCAUUUCCACAAUUCUAUUGUGUUGUACUCUGUUAUUACCCGCAAGAGCCGAGCCAGUUGAAGACAAACGAGCUCUGCUCGAUUUCAUCCAUAACAUUUCCCACACACGACAGCUGAACUGGAACGACAAUUCAUCUCCUUGCAAUCUCUGGACUGGAAUCACCUGCAACCACAACAACACUUAUAUUAUCGCCAUUCGAUUGCCAGCCGUUGGAUUCAGAGGGAGCAUCCCUCCAAACACUCUCGGCCGUUUAUCCCAACUUCAGAUCUUGAGUCUCAGAUCCAACGGCCUCAGUGGACCUUUCCCCCGUGAUCUCGUAAACCUCCCUAAUCUCGUGGCCCUCUACCUUCAGGACAAUAAUUUCCAGGGCCCUCUGCCUUUGAAUUUUUCCGGCUGGAAAAAUCUCUCGGUUUUGAAUCUGUCGGAAAAUAGGUUUAACGGGAGUAUACCGCUUUCCUUCUCGAAUCUCACCCAUCUGACGGUUUUGAGCCUAGCAAAUAACUCGUUUUCCGGUGAAAUUCCCGAUUUAAACAUCCCCAGCCUGCAAUCCCUAGAUUUAUCUAACAAUAAACUCACAGGGCCUUUGCCCCAAUCUCUCUUCAGAUUCCCUUCUUCAUCGUUUUCCGGAAAUAAUAUUUCAUCAGAAAAUGCUUUUCCUCCUUCGGGUCCACCUACACUCACCGCACCAAUAAGCCGCUCGAGAUUCAGUGAAGCUGCAAUUCUCGGAAUCGUGAUCGGGAGUUGCGCGCUAGCGUUCGUCUCGAUCUCACUUCUCUUGAUCGUUACUAAUCGGAGGAAAAAAGAAGAUGAUGGUGGUAACAAGUCAACUGCUGAGAAGAAAGAGAAGACUACGAGGAGAACGGAGUUGGAAAAUCGGGACAAAAACACGAGGCUCGUGUUUUUCGAUGGGCGUGGGCUCGAAUUCGAUCUCGAGGAUUUGCUGAGGGCGUCGGCUGAGGUUCUCGGUAAGGGCACGUUUGGCACGACAUAUAAGGCAGCUUUGGAGGAUGUAGCUACAACAGUGGCGGUGAAGAGGCUAAAGGAAGUGGUUGUGGGAAGAAGAGAGUUUGAGCAGCAGAUGGAAGUGGUGGGGAGCGUGAGGCAUGAGAAUGUGGUCCCGUUGAGGGCUUAUUAUUACUCAAAAGACGAGAAGCUUAUGGUGUAUGACUAUUACGAACGGGGGAGUGUAUAUGCACUUUUACAUGCCAAAAGAGACGAGAAACGUGUCCCCUUCGACUGGGAAACCCGACUCACCAUCGCAAUAGCAUCUGCCCGAGGCCUAGCCCACAUCCACUACCAAAGCAACGGCAAACUUGUCCACGGAAACAUAAAGUCCUCAAACAUCCUCCUCGACUCCCAUAACCGAGCCUCCAUUUCCGACCUCGGCCUAGCAACCCUCACAAACCCAAUCUCCCGCAACACGGGGUAUCGCGCCCCAGAAGUGAACGACACGCGCAAGCCAUCCCAAGCAGCUGAUGUGUACAGCUUCGGAGUUGUUCUACUCGAGCUCCUCACUGGGAAGAGAGGGAAUGAGGAGGGUUUGAAUCUGGUGAGGUGGGUGCAGUCGGUGGUGAGGGAAGAGUGGACUGGUGAGGUUUUUGAUGUGGAGCUGUUGGGGUAUAAAAACAUGGAGGAGGAGAUGGUGGGGGUUUUGCAGAUAGGGUUGGGGUGUGUGGGACGAGUGGCGGCACAGAGGCCGCGAAUGGGAGAUGUGGUGAGGAUGUUGGAGGAUGUUAGGGGUGUAGGGACACGAUCGUCUGGGAGUAGGUCGACGGGCUCGACUCCUGGGAUUGGAGGAGAGUUGUCUUUGAGCAGAUUUAGUGUUUGGAGUCUCAGGUGGUGUAUGUAA